AUGGAACCGUCUCCCACCGCCCUCGAGGGCGGCGACGAGGAGCCCAAUAUACCGCACUGGCGUAUCGUGCAUGACCCGAUCCUCUUGACGCGGGCCGUUGUCAGUCACGACUGGACGGGCUCUGGGACGGAGGAAGACCCCUACUAUAUCGGCUUCAUCCCCAACGACCAGCGCAAUCCGCUCAACUUCGGUCUCGGCAUCAGGUGGAUGAUCGCCGGCCUCAACGCCCUCGCCACGCUCGCCAUGACCUUCUCCUCAUCCGCCUACACAGGCUCCAUCUCCGACAUCUCCCAGCGCCUCUCGGUCGGUUCGGAAACAGCCUUCCUCGGCGUCUCCCUCUUCGUGCUCGGCUUCGCCCUAGGACCGCUCCUCUGGGCGCCGCUCAGUGAGUCUUUCGGUCGCCGCGUAGUCUUUACAGCCUCUUACGGUGCCUUUGUCGCUUUCAACCUUAUCGCCACCGUGGCUCCCAACAUGCCCCUCCUGGCCACGAGCCGCCUCCUCGCCGGCGCCUUCGGGUCCUCGGCCCUCGUUCUGUCCGGCAGCAUCGUGGUGGACCUUUUCUCACCCGCCGACCGCGGCCGCGUCAGCGCCGUCUUCUCCGCCGCGCCUUUCCUAGGACCUGUCCUUGGCCCCAUCGCAGGCGGGUUCCUGGGCGAGGCGGCUGGCUGGGCAGGCGUCGGCACCAUGAUCACAGCUGUCACGGGUCUGGUCUGGCUGCUGUAUUACUUUCUUGUGCCGGAGACGUACGCCCCGGUGCUGCUCCGACUGCGGGCGGCGGCGCUCACACGCGACAACCAGCACGGGACUGUGUUCCGCGCACAGAUGGACCGAGUUCGAGCCGGCAGCGGUAAGGGAGGGAAGUCCAUAGGCGCUGUGCUGCGGAUGGCGAUGACGAGGCCGUGGGCGCUGUUGUUCUCCGAGAUCAUCGUCAUCGUCCUCUCGACGUACAUGGCCGUUAUCUUCGGGGCCAUGUACAUGAUGUUCGCGGCCUUCCCCAUUGUGUUCCAGCAGGGCUAUGGCCUCCGGCAAGGCGUGGCCGGGCUCGCGUUCCUCGGCAUCGCGGCGGGCAUGGUCGCGGCGCUCGUCUUCAUGCUCUUCCAGAACCGAGCCUAUGUACGAGAGGCCAAAGCCUCGCCAACCGGACGCCUCGCACCGGAGAUGCGGCUGCGGCCAGCGCGGUUCGGGGCCAUCAUGGCGCCACUGGGCCUGCUCUUAUUUGCCCUGACCAACUCGCCCGAGUUCCACGUCGUAAUUCCCGUCGCCGGGACGGCGCCAUUUGGGUUCGGCAUGGUGGUCAUCUUCCUCAGCCUGCUGAACUACAUUGUCGACACUUACACAGUCUACGCCGGGUCGGCUAUUGCGGCUAGCACAAUGCUCCGGUCUCUCUUCGGGGCCGUCUUCCCCCUGUUCACAAAAAUCAUGUUUGAGCGCCUGGGCGUGCACUACGGCGCCGGCGUCCCGGCGGCGCUGGCGCUACUGUGCGUGCCCUGUCCAUUCGUGAUGUGCCGGUACGGGAAGGGCAUCCGAGAGCGGGCGAGAUUCGCGCAGGAGGCGAGAGAGAUCGCAUUACGCAUGGCCGGUGAGAUUCAGUGCUAUGGCCGAUACUGCCUCGGAUGCGAUGAAGAUAAUCUGUUCCACUGCCGGAAUAAGGCGCUGUACCAUAAGAAGGAGUCGGGGGAUAUUUAG